UUUUUAUUCGACACAUGUAAAGUACACAAUAGGAUCUAUCUAUAAAUAUGUGCGUGUGUAAGAAGAAGCGAAAUUCCACACUGGGACGGUCGGAGCUAAGAGAACAAAAUGAGAGGCUUGUUUCUUAUCGCACUGACCCUCAUAGGUAUUCAUUGGGGAUCUUCUCUGGGAAACGAGUUAGAGGCUCCGGAACGUGGCAAAAGAAACGCUCACCAGCUGUGUACCCUCAUUUUUAGAUACACGAGGAGGGGCUGCCUGGCCUACUCAGCUUAUGGAUGCUUCUGUGGACUGAGAAGCUGGGGCAGUGACCCAGUGGAUGGGUCGGACAGCUGCUGUAAACAACACGAUAGAUGCUUCGGAAACCUCGGAGUUCGUAACGUUCCGCUGGUGACCUACAGUUACGAUUGCAAUGGACCAGCGUCUUGUUACUGUACCAAUGAAGACAGGUCCUCAGUUAAGUAUAAAUCGUGUCUGUGUGACAUUGAGCUGGCGUCGUGUCUAAAGCGGAACAAAGACUCGUACAACAGAAGGUAUUUCUGGUAUAGACGAAGUAACUGCGAGUGAGCAUCCAAUCGCCAAGAAGCAACAAAUGGUUUAGAACGUAACCACAUAAUAUAUAUGAAACAACUGUCUGACAUCUAGACCUAAUAAAAGUGAUUUGUGUGUA